UCACUACCUUUUCGUUUCAGCUGGUGCAUACGGUGUCUUACCGCGAUCCCAGUGUCCAGCUGCUAGUAAAUAUGGUAAAGGACCGCCAGCUAGUUGCACUAUGCCAUCCGAUCCCAACAAUCUGCCACCAUCUCAACUCGAGAAAUGGUUCACAAAAGACAUGUUUGAGGAUUUGUUCCCUUUCGCGAAUCUUGGUUGGGGAUCACAUCCGUGCCUACCAUACUCCUAUGAAGCGUUCGUGAUUGCUGCCAGAUAUUUUCCAAAAUUCGGAACAAGCAGUCCUAAUUCGAUUUACAACGCAACUGAAAACACCCGCAGAGAUCUGGCUGCAUUUUUCGCCCAUGCGGUACAGGAGACCGGAGAAAACAAUGUCACAUUCGAAGACUCGAGCCACCCUUCGUACGCGGCCGAUUGCUUCUAUCGUGGAGGAUUCUAUAAUUGGUUCGAAGGCGGUCCCACCAGCUCGUUCAUGGAUCAGGGUUCACCAGGCUAUAACCCUAUAGAUGGCGAGAAGUGCAUUUCAGCAGGAAGGUACUGCGCUCAAUCAGCUGAGAUCAGCUAUUUCUAUCCAUGUUCGAACGGCACGGAUGGAGACUAUUUCAAAGGAUGUUACUUUGGCCGUGGGGCCAUACAGAUUUCUUACAACUACAAUUAUGGACAGUUUAUGGAUUUUUUGAAGACGAGAAAUAUUAGCGCCAACUUACUCGAAGAACCGAACCUAAUUAUGACCAAAAUGGAUCCACCUUUGGCAAUUCUUGCCUCACUUUGGUUUUAUAUGACACCUCAGCCACCGAAACCAGCGAUGCAUGACAUAGUGAUGGGAACAUGGAACAGUGGUUCAAAAAACGCUGCUGCUGGCUAUACGGGACCCAUUUUCGGACCGACCAGUCUCAUCAUCAAUAACGAAUGCAACGGAGAGGAUUUGCAAGAACCAGGAGGUCCAGGAGAAUCACGACGUAUAAAAGCUUUCAAAUGGUUCUGUACAUAUUUUGGCGUGCCAGCGGGAGCAGAUAAAUUGCUCAGUUGUAAAGAUAUGCCAGUGAAACUGGAUGAACUACGUUAUAACUACAGCUAUCAGCCAGAUUGGGCCACUACGUGGAUGGAGCGACCAUGCAAUUGUGCGCCCGCAGCGUACGGAGGAUUGAUACCGUACUUCGACGCUGCGUAUUAUCCUGAAGAAUUCGUGGCAAUGAACGAGAAAAAUCGGCUGAGAUGUGUGGCCAGCGUUUAUGCAAAUCCGUCCAUGUACAGUUUAAACAGCAAUACCUCUCCUUGUCUCAAUCACUGA